UGUAUAAUACUUCACUCAUGUCAAAUUUUACCGCCGUAACUUCUCUUUUAGUAGCCUUUGAUUUAUGAAAUAGUGCAAUGCCACUGUUGACUUGCGAAUUGAGAAUAAAGAAAACCGGGAAUAAAAUAAUUGAAUAAUUUGAUUUUGAAUCAGAGAGUUGAGAAUAAAAAAUCAUUUCAUGCCGAUAUAUAUACACAAAUUUGAAGCGAAAAUGGCAGCAAACUUUUAGUUCUUUAUUGCUAAAAAGCAAAAUGCGAUUCAGAACUACAAUAUGGAGACAUCAUCAAUCUCUGGAGAAGCUCAAACCCAAAUUCAGAAUCUACACCCUCGGUGUCGUCGUUGCAUCAGCGUCUCGUUUCCAUGUCGCACACAACCUGUUCGACAAAAGUCCUGACCGAGUUCAAGAAAACCACACAAGCUUGCUCUUCGGCUACUCCCGCGACGGACGCACUCAAGAAGCGACCAGACUCUUCUUAACCAUCCAUCGUUCCGGAGCCGAGAUGGACUGCUCAACCUUCUCCUCCGUGCUAAAGGUUUCCGCUACUCUAUGCGACGAGCUUCUCGGCAAACAGCUGCACUGCCAAUGCGUAAAGUUCGGGUUUUUAGACGAUGUGAGCGUUGGCACGUCGCUUGUUGACACGUACAUGAAAGGCAGUAACGUUAAAGACGGAAGAAACGUUUUUGACGAGAUGAAAGAGAGGAACGUUGUUACUUGGACUACUUUGAUAAGCGGGUACGCGAGGAAUGGGUCUAAUGAGGAGGUUCUGAAGCUGUUUAUGAGAAUGUAUGAAGAAGGGACUGAGCCUAACUCGUUUACAUUCGCAGCUGCUCUUGGAGUUUUGGCUGAAGAGGGAGUGAGUGGGAGGGGGAGGCAGGUGCACACGGUUGUUGUCAAGAACGGUUUAGACAAAACCAUUCCUGUUUCCAACUCUCUGAUUAAUCUUUAUCUCAAAUGCGGUAACGUUAGGAAAGCUAGAAUCUUGUUUGAUAAGACGGAAGUGAAGAGUGUGGUUACGUGGAACAGUAUGAUCUCGGGGUAUGCAGGGAACGGUCUUGAUUUAGAAGCGUUGGCGAUGUUUCACUCCAUGAGGCUUAACCAUGUCCGGUUAUCUGAAUCGAGCUUUGCUUCUGUUAUCAAGCUCUGCGCUAACCUCAAAGAGCUGAGGUUCGCGGAGCAGCUCCAUUGCAGUGUUGUGAAAUACGGGUUUUCGUUUGAUCAGAACAUAAAGACGGCUCUGAUGGUGGCUUAUAGUAAAUGUGCAGUGAUGUGUGAUGCUCUUACGCUGUUCAAAGAGACGGGUUUCCGUGGGAACGUUGUGACAUGGACAGCUAUGAUCAGUGGUUUCUUGCAGAAUGAUGGGAAAGAAGAAGCUGUGGACUUGUUUAAGGAGAUGAGGAGGAAAGGAGUUAGACCGAACGAGUUCACUUAUUCCGUCGUUCUCACUGCUCUUCCUGUGAUUUCUCCAUCAGAGGUCCAUGCGCAAGUUUUAAAGACUAACUACGAGAGAUCUUCAACGGUUGGGACUGCUCUUCUGGAUGCUUAUGUGAAGUUAAGCAAAGCAGAUGACGCUGCGAAAGUUUUUAGCAGUAUUGAUGAUAAAGACAUUGUUGCUUGGUCAGCGAUGCUUGCAGGAUACGCUCAGAGUGGGGAGACAGAAGCAGCUGUAAAGAUGUUUAGCGAGCUCACAAAGGGAGGGAUAAAACCGAACGAGUUCACAUUCUCCAGCGUCCUCAACGUGUGUGCUGCUGCUUCCGCAUCUUCUGGACAGGGAAAGCAGUUCCACGGGUUCGCUAUAAAAUCAAGAGUGGAUGACUCUCUAAUUGUUAGUAGCGCUCUUCUAACCAUGUAUGCAAAGAAAGGCGACAUCGAGAGCGCGGAAGCAGUCUUUAAAAGGCAGGGAGAGAGAGAUCUAGUGUCGUGGAACUCGAUGAUCUCCGGGUAUGCGCAGCACGGGGAAGCUACAAAGGCUCUCGAUGUUUUCGAGGAGAUGAAGAGGCGAAAGGUGAGAAUGGAUAGCGUAACGUUCAUUGGAGUGUUUGCUGCUUGUACACACGCAGGGUUGGUAGAAGAAGGCGAGAAGUAUUUCGAUAUAAUGGUGAGAGAAUGCAAGAUUGCACCUACAAAGGAGCAUAAUAGCUGUAUGGUCGAUCUAUACAGCCGAGCCGGGUUGCUUGAGAAGGCUAUGGAGGUCAUAGACAACAUGACAUACCCUGCUGGUUCGACGAUUUGGAGGACAGUUCUAGCUGCCUGCCGUGUGCACAAGAGAACAGAGCUUGGGAGAUUAGCUGCAAAGAAGAUCAUUGAUAUGAAACCAGAGGAUUCAGCUGCGUAUGUGUUGUUGUCUAAUAUGUAUGCAGAGUCAGGAGAUUGGGGAGAGAGAGCGAAAGUAAGGAAGCUGAUGGAGGAGAGGAAGGUGAAGAAAGAAGCUGGCUACAGCUGGAUUGAGGUGAAGAACAAGACUUAUGCGUUCUUGGCUGGCGAUCGGUCUCAUCCUCUCAGAGAUCAGAUCUAUAAGAAGCUAGAGGAUUUGAGUAGACGGCUGAAGGAUUUAGGGUAUGAGCCGGAUACGAGUUAUGUGCUUCAAGAUAUUGAUGAUGAGCAUAAAGAAGCUGUUCUUGCUCAGCAUAGUGAGAGAUUAGCUAUUGCUUUUGGGUUGAUAGCUACACCAAAGGGAAGUCCUCUUUUGAUCAUUAAGAACCUUAGGGUCUGUGGGGAUUGUCAUGCAGUUAUCAAAUUGAUUGCCAAGAUUGAAGAAAGAGAGAUUGUAGUUAGAGAUACUAAUCGGUUUCAUCACUUUAGUAGUGAUGGAAUUUGCUCAUGUGGGGAUUUUUGGUGACUAUAAUACAACGAAAAACUUUUU